AUGCGGACGGCCUCGUACGCAUUGAUCGCGACUGCUAUAGGCAGCCGCACUGCUGCCUCGCCCCUCGAUACCCGCCAGGCCGGCAACAGCACCGCCCUCCCAUGCGCCCCAAUCCCCUCGCCCUUCCCAACCUGGGAGCAACUGCCCCAGCAAUCCACACUCCCGGACCCCUUCCUACCCCUGGCCUACACCAACCCCAACGACGCACAAAACGUCAUGACCGGCAAAGCCCCGGGACGCAUCCAGACGCGCGAAGAGUGGUACGCGUGCCGGCAGCCCGAGAUCGUGCGCAUGCUGCAGGAGUACCAGUACGGCUACUACCCGGACCGUGCAGCCGAGACCGUCGAGGCCACGCGCAGUGGGAACACCCUCAACAUUGCCGUCACCGCCAACGGCAAAAGGGGCACCUUUCGCGCGAGCGUGUCGUUGCCGUCGGGCGCGUCCGCCAGCAAGCCCGCGCCCGUGGUGAUUAAUAUUGGGGGGAUGCAGAAUCAGCCGUAUCUGAGUGGGGGGAUUGCGGUUGUUCAGUUUGAUUACACGUCUGUGGCGCCCGAUAGCAAUGCGAAGACGGGGGCGUUUUGGAGUUUGUAUAAUGGGCGGGAUAUUGGCGUCCUGACGGCCUGGGCAUGGGGCUUCCACCGAGUGCUGGACGCGAUCAACAUGACAGUCCCCGAGAUCGACCCGACGCGGGUCGGCGUGACGGGCUGCUCGCGGCUUGGCAAGGCGGCGCUCGCGGCGGGCCUGUUCGACGCGCGCAUCACGCUGACCAUGCCCAUGUCGUCGGGCGUGCAGGGCCUGGGGCCAUACCGGUACUACACCAUGAGCGGGCAGGGCGAGAACCUGGAAAACAGCAAACAGGGGGCCGGCUGGUGGACUAAUAGCAAGCUGGGCACGUUCGUCAACCACGCCGAGCACCUGCCCUACGACGCCCACACCAUCGCCGCCGCGCUGGCGCCCCGCGCCCUCGUCAUCGACCAGGGCACCGGCGACCCGUUUACUAAUAGUAAGGCCACCGCCGUGGUCGUCUACUCGGCCGCCAAGGCCUUGUACGACUGGCUCGGCGUGGGCGACAAGAUUGCCAUGAGCGUGCGCAGCGGCGGGCACUGCGACAUGAGUGGAUACACCGCCAUUCUGCCCUACGUGCAAAAGAUCUUCUUCGGCACGCCAACGAACAAGGACUAUAACAACCUGGGCUCGUACGGGUCGCCGGUCACGACCGCCUUCCCCUGGGCGACGGCUGUUCCCAAGGGGCAAUAG